GAUUUCCAUUCUGAUGUACACUCAUCCUCGACCUGCCUAAUUCAGAACGCUUGACAUGGGGUUAGAAGUGGCCAAACGGCAAAGUCGCGGCAAAGACAAGCCGUGCAACUUCUCUCGUGCUGCAAGUCGAUUUUGGAGAGACUCCCUCAGUCUUACCUGCAUAUCCUUCUCGCAGGAUGGCCGGUCUUAUCUUAAACCCGAUCCGCAUGAAGGAUUCCCUCAAUACUAGGCCACUUCACCAACCUUUCGCCUCCUUAUGAAGGCGGUGUCGAGUCAAGCAUCACCAUGGGCGACGCAGAUGACAAAAUUCGGGCAGACGGCCAAGAUGUCUCUGCUUUAGCCAAGGCCGACUCGGACCCUGAAAAGGCGACCUUUACUGGCGAAGAUGAGAUUGUCCGGCGAGACGUCAGCCUCAUCGUCGAUUGGGACGGUCCAGACGACCCAGAGAAUCCUCACAAUUGGACGAGGAAGCAAAAGGCAGUCUGCAUCACCAUUGUUUCUGUCAUCACUUUCAUCACUCCGUUGGCAUCCUCCAUCUUCGCACCGAGCACUGAGCAGGUGAUGGCGGAAUUCGGAUCAGACAGCACGUUGCUUGCAUCUUUCAUCGUCUCAGUGUACCUGAUAGGGUACUGCUUCGGUCCUCUUGUGAUCGCGCCGUUGUCUGAAAUGUACGGGCGCUCCCCGCUGUACUAUGUCUGCAACGUGAUCUUUGUCAUCUUCACAGUCGCUUGUGCGUUAGCACCCAAUAUGGCAGCUCUUCUCGUCUUCCGCCUGCUAGCCGGCUUGGUAGGGUCUUGUCCCUUGACGAUAGGUGCCGGAACUUUGGCGGACAUGAUCGGCCCAGAGAAGAGAGGUAUGGCUAUGUCCUGGUGGAUAUGCGGCCCAUUGCUUGGGCCGGUCAUCGGUCCCAUCGCCGGCGGUUACCUGGCCGAGAAUAAAGGUUGGAGGUGGUCCUUUUGGGUGGUUGCCAUGGCUGCUGGAGUCGUGACCAUACUUUCUUUUAUCUUUCUUCAUGAGUCGUAUGCUCAUGCACUACUCGAGAAAAAGACACGACGUCUUCGAAAGGAGACCGGCAAUUCAGAGCUUCGCUCGGCGCUAGACACCGGUAAGUCAAGCAAGGAGGUCUUCAGGGUCGCAAUUGUUCGCCCCACGAAGAUGCUCUUCUUGAGCCCAAUCGUUUCUAGUCUGUCUUUGUACAUGGCAGUCCUAUACGGAUACCUCUACAUGCUGUUCACAACCUUCCCCUCGCUCUUCAUGUACGAAUACGGGUUCUCUGAAGGAAACAUUGGUCUUACGUAUCUGGGCAUUGGCAUCGGAUCGGCCAUUGGCCUGUUCAUCAACGCCAAUGUCUCUGAUCGAGUGGCAAUCCACAUGAAGACGAAACGCGGAGGGGUACAUCAACCAGAGUAUCGGCUACCACCGUCGAUGUAUGCUUGCUGGCUGAUUCCCAUGGGUAUUUUCUGGUUCGGAUGGACUGCCGAUUAUCAUUGCCAUUGGAUCCUUCCGAUCCUGGGCACAGGUGUCUUCGGCGUUGGCGUUGUCAUUCUCAUGAUGUCGAUGGCUGUCUACGUAGUAGACGCUUUUGAUGUAUACGCAGCAUCGGCGACAGCUGCCACAACCGUUCUGAGGUCUCUCCUUGGCGCGUUGCUGCCAUUGGGAGGCCGUGAUCUGUUCGAUAACCUUGGAAUGGGCUGGGGAAGCUCUUUGCUUGGGUUCCUUGCGCUGGCCAUGACACCUCUGCCAUUUAUCUUUUACCGCUACGGCGAGCGUCUCCGCAAGGUCACACUCUUCAACGUAGAGUUCUGAGGGGUACUGAUUCGAGCAACAUG